UAUACGAAUAUGGUGAACUUACUAAUAUACGCGGGCUUCAACGUACAGAGUGAGGUGUGUUUUUGGGCGGUCCUUGGAAUCUUGCGGACGAUUUUAGACGCGAGUGUAGCGUUCAAAGUCAAGUCGAAUCUAAAACAGAUAUGGCAGAUGCGUCUGCCCUCGGAGCUGGACGUGCGUCUACAGCGGGUGCUGCGCGCGAUGGUCUCCGGCGUGAUGGUGGUGCAAUGCGUCUCCAUCUACGUCUAUCUAGCCGCGUAUAUUGUUCUACUGUAUCCGAUAUUCCUGGAAGAGAAGCCGGCGUUAGUCCUGCCUUGGCUGUUGCUGUCACUGAUAAGGUUGCUAUGUGAGCUGGUCAAUUUGUCCAUCGGGCUGGCGACUUGUGUUCUACUCGGCUCGGGAAAACCGCCCUGCGUCAAGUUCGUCUUGUCAAAGAUAACGAAGAUUGCACUGUCGGUUUAUAUGUGGAAGUUGGUGCAUUGGUUAUAUCAGAUACUGCAAGCAGAAACAUACAAGCCAAUAGCAAUGGUAUUGCCAGCUUCAAAACCUGAUGAUGAAGGUUAUAAACGGGGCCUAGAACUUGCUAUACGAAGACGACGAACCAAGUCUUUGUUGAGCAAAGAAGAGCUGAGGCAGAGCAUCUUAUCUGAUUUGUGCCAGGAAAAGACUCAAGCUUUGAGAGGAACUUCUUUUUACAAAGAAGCAUGGUCUUCCGGCGCCAGAAGUAGUGAGUUCAAUGACGAAAUGCAUGUAUUCCAAAACUUACCCAUGACUUCCAAUAACAUUGUGGAUACAAACCCAAACGAUGACUGUAUCAAUAUCGAAGUUGUUACACCUAGAGAUUCAGAUCGUGUCCUCGAUCAAUUCGUUACUAUGAUACUUAAAAUAAGAAUUUACCUAAAAAUGGGCCUAAAUAAUGAUAGUUUACAUCAAAUACAAAUUAACGAUAACUCGGAAAGAGAUGUUUCUGAUCUAAAUGUUGAUCAGAGUGCAAUAUACUCUAAUGAUGUGGAAUCUCCACCGUCUGUUACAAGUCUUUCCGCAGGGAAGUUUUCUUAUAUCCAUGACUAUCCUGGAAUAUUCCUAAAAGAUACAUCCCAAAGGAAACUUCUUCAAGAAAGCACAAAUGCGUUAGAUAAACAGAAUGGCCGGCGCUCAAGAAUAUCCGUUGUCAGAAUGAACAGUGAUUUUUCAAAUAAAAUUAAUGUUAAUAUUGGGAAUGAUGCUAGUUCUACAUCAGAAUGUAAAAACAAUAAUAAAUUAACUGCACCCGAAAAUUCUCCAUCAUCAUCUGAAAAUGAUGAAACUAUUUCAAAUGGUCAAUUAAAAGACGACGACGAUGUUGGAAGUAUAGAAUCAAAAUCUAAUACCAAAGCUGAUGAACAAUAAAUACCACUUAUUA